AUGUUUUCGGCAGAUUUUGUCGGAAACGGACGAGGACUGGUUAACACAGGCCCCUUCCGUGGAUGGAAUACACCGCACGGUCUCCUGCGCCGGAAUAUUGCCCGAGGCGGGUCGCUGAUGACAAGUCGGGACGAACGAAACGUCAUGUCCCGAUUCCAUUUAGAAGACAUCACUUUCCCGAACGCCCCGAACUGGACCAACGUCGAGGAAAUGCACAACCAAGUACACGUGUGGAUUGGCGGUCAAAUGCGACGGAUUGAAUCAGCCUGCUAUGACCCAAUGUUCUGGAUGCACCAUGCCUACAUUGACUGUCUGUGGGAGAACUUCCGCGAGAAACAGAAGGCCAAUGGUAUCGACCCCAGCAGUGACUACCCGGAGUUUUCGUUUGGACAGCGACUCCAUGCUCCAAACUCUCGGCUUGGUUUUGGUUGGCUUCUAAUUCGGCACGCCAUACAUGAAUAUUUUUCAGAAAGUUUUUACCGCUGUGCAGCGACUCCUACUUGUUCCCGCCAGCGCCCCAGCUGCGGCUCUGAAUGGCUCCAGUGCGACUUCCGGCAAAACCGGUGCAUGAGCCGACCUGCCGAUUCGAGUUCCACCAAUCAGCAACGACAGGUGCCCAGCAUUAGGAGCAAUUCCGGCUCGACUUCUACAGGACGCGGCCGGUUUUCCAGUAAUUCCCGGCGCCGGACUUCCAACAGGUGGUGGAAUGCUUAA